UCAGCUUUUCAUCAGCAAAGUUGCAGCAGAAAAAUCGAUUUUAUUUUGAGCGUAGACGUUGUUGUUAGUGGUUCCCUACAUAAUUUUCAAUUUACAAGAGAAAAGUCGUUUAAAAAUAAACGCAAUUAUGUCGCACGUGUGUACAAAGAGUGGUGAAAAGGUGCAAGAUGAGAAAAUCCUGAUGCCAUAUACAUACAUUCAACAAGUACCCGGUAAGCAGAUCCGCACAAAACUAACGUCUGCAUUCAAUUACUGGCUGAAAGUCUCCGACGAAAAACUACACGCCAUCGGGGAAAUCGUCCAAAUGUUACACAACUCCAGUUUACUCAUCGACGACAUACAAGACAAUUCCAUCCUCCGGCGGGGUAUCCCAGUGGCCCAUUCCAUCUACGGCGUGGCUAGCACAAUCAACGCAGCCAACUACGUCAUGGUCAUAGCUUUGGAGAAGAGCCUGGAGUUGGGUCAUCCUUUGGCCACUGUGGUGUAUACCGAGCAAUUAUUGGAACUGCACAGAGGGCAAGGUCUAGAAAUCUACUGGAGGGACAACUUCCAAUGUCCGUCUGAAGAGGAGUACAAGGAAAUGACCAUCAAAAAAACCGGCGGGCUUUUCAUGCUUGCCAUUCGACUGAUGCAGCUGUUUAGCGACAACAAGUCUGACUUUAGCCGGUUGGCGGCCAUCUUUGGCUUGUACUUCCAGAUAAGGGAUGACUACUGCAACUUAUGCUUACAAGAGUACUCAGAGAACAAAAGUUACUGCGAGGAUCUGACUGAGGGCAAAUUCAGCUUCCCCAUCAUCCACGCCAUAAGGAACCAGAAAGGAGACAACCAAGUGCUUCAUAUACUCCGCCAGCGGACUCGCGAUGUAGAAGUGAAGCGGUACUGUAUAUCGCUUCUAGAACGACUGGGCAGUUUUGCGUACACCCGUGAUACGCUCACCGAGCUCGAUGCACAGGCUAGGGCUGAGGUGGCAGCACUGGGCGGCAACCCUUACUUAGAAGCGCUCCUGGACGACCUCCUGAGCUGGCGGCGAGACAAACAGCACAACGACACCCUCCCAAACAAUAUUUAAACUACCCUCAAAACUUCGUUUCGCUUGAAUCAUUUCUUCUAGCAUAAUAUUAGAGGUUAGUAAACUUAAUACCUCUUUGAAAUCAGAUUAUGGUAGAUUAGCCCCAUCCUAAGGCCGGGUAAAUAAUGUGCAAGUUUAGUAACAAAAACUCAUUAUGUGUAAAGAUGCGCUCGUUUUUUUUUUGCAUAUCGAAUUAUGAUUAACCAAAUUACAAUAUUGCCGGUACUGGUUUGUCAUGUCAUAAAGAAGUAUAGAUUAAGGAUUAUUUUUAAUUAAAGCAGUCAAAGUUACAAGGCUUGAAACAUUCGUAUUUGAACUCAAGUUGAAAAUUGAAAAUUCAACCUUAAUGGUGGUUUAUUGUUUGGCUUUUCACUAUAAGCAUUGGGUCCAAAUGUUUGUUCAUUUUCUCUCGAAUGAACAAUGUAGAAUAACAUGAGGCAUAGACUUCUGUCCGCAUAAAAUAUUUCGAGGCACAUUACACGCUCAAAAAUUGUGUUACAAAUAUAUUCCGAUAUUGACAGCCGAUAGUAAAGUUUCAUAUUAACAUAAUAAUAAAAAUGUAAAUUGGAAUAUGAUUGUCAGUAGGUAACCGAGUGCCAGGUCUUAUCCUUGGAUAAUAUUAACAAUAAGUUCACAAUGUUGGAAAUAUAAUUCCGUAGCUAAUUUUCACUUGUUAAAGUGUUUUUCUGUAGAUGUUUGUUGUUACAAGAUUUUUUUUAAUGUGUAAACUUCUCUUUGUACCGUUUAACAUGUGCAUUGUGUAAUUUGUUAGUUAAUUGAUUUUACACGAAUUGAUUUGUCAUUUAUUUAUUCUCAUGUUAGUAAAACAUUAAAAAAAAUUAAAUUAUGCUUGAUCGUUAUUUGAGGGAUUUUAACUUGCACUAAACUUUGCUCAAGCAUCAUCUUAAGAUCUACAAAGUAUACUAAGGUAGUGAAAAAUUGAUCUUCGGUUCUAUUAGUUACUCUAUAAACAUAUUUCUUACAUUAUGUAACAAACUAUUAACCAUGGCCUAACUUAUUAAUUGGAAAUCAAUUAGAUGUCAUAACUUAUUUCAUUGGUGUAGUAAUUUUCUAAAAGGUUCAGGAUGAUCUCUAGUAAAAUUCUAUGUAACUUAUUUUAUUUUAAAUGGUUUAUUUUUGUAAUUACGGUGUGUGUAAGCUUAAAAGACAAUGCUUUGAAUGAGUAAAACAAGUUGUGUAUCAUUUCUUGGUUUUACAUAAUUUAUAAAGAGUGUAAGAAACAGGUUCGGAAAAACUUGACAGUGGAUAAAGUGAGGGUACUUUCUAUCUUAUCACCCAAUGCAGUCAGUAUAAAUCCAUUGACAAUCAAAAACAUUUCCAGAGAUAACCAUAAUGCAGUGGUUCUAAACCGGUGGUCCGCGGACCACUGGUGGUCCCUGGAGGCAUUACAAGUGGUCCACGAAGACAUCGUAAUAAACAAGUGACGUGACGUGAUGAGUCGAGUCAACACAACACAAACGGCGCACACUGGGCGAGAAAUCGAACUCUCCUUUCAUAGGAUUUUGAAAAAAAAAUAAGUGGUCCCUGACAAGACAGAAAUUUGUUAAAAUGGUCCCUCGUGACUUAAAGGUUAAGAACCACUGCCAUAAUGGUAUUAAUUUUAAAGGAAAAUAUGUGUUUUUUUUUAUAUUUUAAAUCUCGAAGCAGAUUUGUCAAAAAGAUGAAAUUAAAGGAAAUAUUUUCAUCUGGA